GUGAACUAUCGUCAUCGCGGUCGGUAGGAUGGCAAUUUCUUUGGAGUUAGUGCUUGUGCUGUCGAUAGCAUGCUUCUUGCACUGCGGUGGGGCGGCAGUAGUGCAAGAUGUAGUGACCAACGAUAGACCUAUCAUCGGCGUCCUGGCCCAGGAACAGUCCUACUACCUCCACGGCAAGUACCCUGAAGAGAAUUACACCAGUUACAUAGCUGCCAGCUAUGUGAAAGAUGUGGAAUCGGCGGGGGCGAGAGUCGUUCCUAUUAUGAUUGGAAAAGACCGAGGAUACUACAAAGAUCUGUUAAAAAAAAUAAAUGGCGUCGUUUUACCUGGUGGAGCUACCUACUUCAACCAAUCCAAUGGCUACGCAGACGCGGGCCAGCACAUCUACGAGCUGGCGAUGGAGAUGAACGACGCUGGAGAUUACUUCCCUGUGUUCGGCACGUGUCUAGGCUUCGAGCUGCUCGUCAUAUUAGCUUCGGGCCGCGGCGAGCCUGAGAACAGGAUUCGUUGCUACUCGUACAGCAAUUUGCCACUGCAUUUUACUGAUGAUUUCAGGAAAAGCAAAAUGUUCUCCGACACCCCCGAAGACGUCAUCGACAUUCUGAAGAAUGAGGAAGUUACCAUAAAUGCGCAUCAAUUUUGCAUAGUGGAUGAAAACCUCAGAGCUUUCAAUCUGACAAAUGACUGGCGCGUGACGUCAUACUCAGACGAUGACUACGGAGUGGAGUUUAUUGCAACUGUAGAGCAUACAAGAUACCCAUUCUACGGUGUCCAAUUCCACCCAGAGAAGAACGCCUUCGAAUGGAAACUGUCCAAAGGGUACAAUCACUCUAGAAACGCGAUCAAAGCCAACAAAUACUUCAUGGACUUUUUCGUCAACGAGUGCAGAAGGAGUCUCCACGCUUUCAAGAGUGCGGCCGAAGAGAAUGAAUAUGCCAUCUACAAUUUCGAAGCGAAGUUCACGGGAGUGCUUGGGAGCCAACACCACGAGAUCUACUUCUUUGAACCGAGAGGUGUUAGCAACUGAGUUUUUAAUUUUCCUGAAAAAUAAUGUAUCGGUUUUAAGAUUAUCGUUUUUCUUUAGUUCUGUUUUGGCAAUCAAAGAUUCGUUAGACUUCUAACAAUUUUAAGACUAAUUAAUUUUUCAGCGCCGUUUCAUACUCGUAAUAUGAAAAUCUACACUUUUUGUACAGUAUUAAAAUCUUGAAGUUAUUGUGAAGUCAGAUAAUUUUGCGAUUAUUGUCUGCAUUGUGUCUUGAAAUACGAAUGAUUCAUAAUAAAAUAUUUUACGAUCAAUUUACAAA